GUCCUGGGAACAAGGUUGUUAAGCUUCCUAGUCUAGCAGAGAGUUGUAAAAAUGAACAUGGAGUCUCCAUGCUGUGAGCAGAGGACUGCAAAGGUCUCUCUAGCUGAGAUUUUGAGGUGCUUUGAGCACCCUAUAAGCGAAGAGCAAGCCUGGGCUAUUUGCUUUCAGUGCUGUUGCAGAAUGAAAGAAUUAGUCCAAGGGCUGUACCCAUCACUGCAUUCUGUAUUCAUAAAAGGUCCUGGGAGCAUCUUUAUUCAUGCUGAUGGCACUGUUUCCUUCCGGGUGUAUCAUAAGUCUGAUGCUGGCAGUAUUCAGCAGUCAGAGGACAAGCUGCUGGAGUACUUGGGAGUGGUGAUCUAUGAAGCCCUGGACUGGGGAAUUGACAGCCAAGUGGAGCGAGAAUUGAGUGAUCCACUGGAUAAACUGCUCUGCCUCAUGUUGAAACUGGAUGAUGAGGGAAUGAAGCCAACAGUUACCCUGCAGGAUGUUAUCAAGGCCUGUGAGGAUCACCUGUCCAUGCCUUCUGAGGCUUCCGGUCAUUACAGAAUGACCUGUAAGAGUCUUUUUACUGAAUUUAUGGAACUUCAGAAGCUUGUAUCCAUCAUCCAGACCUCCAAAGAGAGUCUCAAAAAAAUGGAUGAGGAAGAUUUGCUGGAAACUCACAUGCAGAAGAAGGAAAAACAGUGGGCAUCCCUGUGGCCCAGUGUCAUCUGUGAACUGCAGAAUGGUGUAAAGCUGCAGAAGGCCACUGAGCGACCACAGCGUCCUGUCCCUCUGAAAGAAUGUACCUACUCCCCUUAUGAAUUACUUCUAGAUGAUAUUCGGCACAAGAGGUACAAACUUCGGAAGGUGAUCGUCGAGCAAAAAUGCAGAACCCUCAGCAAUGCUGUAGCUGCUCCCAAGCCUCGUCUAAAACCUGUGCUGGAGUGGAAGCUGAAAGAGUGUGUGCCAUCAGAGCCUAGUUUACACAAACAGCUCAUGGCAGAAAUCAAGCAACCACGGAAGCUUCAACAGUCAUCAGCAAGGGAAAGUGGGAGCAGGCCUAAAGAAAUGUCUGUGAUUCCAAACAUUGCCUUGAAAUCUCUGAAUAAUAGUUUUUUAACAUCCCAAGAUGCCAGUACAGCAUUUCAGAUUGUCAACGCAAUAGCACAGCAUCCAAGAUCAGGAGUUCAGGAAAUGACUCCAAAGCUGUCUUCCAACACCCAGCUUGCCUCAGCCAGGUCAUCAGUAGUGUCCUACAGCAGCACAGGUCUUGCUGCAGAUCAUGCACUUCCUCCCAUGAGCACACCCAUGCUAGGAGACCUUCAGCCUAACAGUGUCCUGAAUGUUGGCCACCAGCAGCUGCAUCCUUACAGAGGAAGGUCCAAGUCUUUAGACACUGGCCUUCAAAGCAAGGAACUUGACUGUUACUUUUCUACUACAAGGCCAUCACCUACCAUUGCUGAACUGAUUGGAACCAGAUAUGCAAUGAUAGUGCUGAAAAAGGAAGGGUUUUCCCAAGGAGGUAGUGAUGGUGUCUUUCCAAGAGCAAAGAUCUGUUUCAGCUGCCAUAAGCAGAUGUUUCUUAAGUGGCCUUACAGCUGUUACCUCUGCAGCAGCGUCAUCUGCUGUGACUGCUGCAUCAAGGCAAGUCUAGUCUUUACAACAAACAUGUUUCUUCUUUUCUGUUUUCUCUGCACUUAGUCAUGGGAAGCUUUCCUUCAUCCCACUGGUACCUCAAAUCUACCCUCUAGCUUGUUUCUAAGAAAAGAGGCAGUAAUAGAAGAUGCAAAAACAACUAGGAGAGAAAGGCAUGUCAGCUGAAACAGCUCUGGCUCCUCUUCCUUUGAUCCUAUGUAAAGUUGUUGGGAUUACUCUGUGCUCUAUUUAUGCGAGGGUCAGGGAGUUCACUGCAUUAAUGCUUAUCUUCUAAGUGUGGUAAUAAAUCAACUACAUGCCAUGCAAUCUUUCCUGCAAAGAAGGAGGGUUUCCCUGAGAACUCAGGUGACUUGUGUUGUGAUUCUAGAUGUCCAUGCCCUUCAGAAUGUGUGUACACCUCCCACUUCACUUCUUAAAACUUUUGAGACUCUCCAGAGAAGAAGAUUCAGCUACUCAAGAGCAGAAGAGCUCAGAGUUGCUGCAUGAAAUAGAGCAAUGGAAGUGUUAUAGUGUACCUGUUAUUUUGGAGCCCCAUGGCCUAGCACAGCCUCUGUGCUGUCACACAAGGAUCAUGGCAAACUGGCUGACUGCAGACAUCUGUACUCAAUGUGAGCAUUAUCUGUUGAAUGUGGCUUCCAUCCAGCAGCAGAGCACCCCACUCAGGAGAAUUUCCCAGUCUUGGACUAAACUGGAAUGACUCCGCUUUAUAUUUUUUCUAUCACCUGUUCUGUACCUGAAUUAAAUUAAACAGCUUUAUGCACUUUACUGACAUAAAGGCCUGAGUAAAAGACUUUCCUGCUGCUUAGUCUAAGCGGGAAGUACAGUCAGUAUUUAUGUAUUGUAAAGCAUUAUAAAGCAUUGCAGUUUUUAGAAUUGUUUUAAUCCUUUUAUGUUUCCUUGGGGGAAAAUAAAUGUUGAAGCACUAUCAUGCCUCUAGCAUUCCUCCUUUGCACCUGCAGUUGUCAUUGUUCUGUGGCACUGUUUGCAUUCAUUGCUAAGCAGACUUUGUCCUGUGUCAUGAAUAUAGGGAACUUCUAAGCUAAAACCUGUUUGUGAGAGUCUUGGAAGUGAAACUCUUGUGUGAUUACAACACCAUACAGUUUGCAAAUACUUUCUUCCUGAGAACUCACUGCAAAGCACCUGAACUCAUUCCUGUGAUACAUGUACCAUCGUAGUGAUAGCUGUCAAGCAGCCUGCUCAAUCUGCUUGCUCUGGAAUUGCUCCUGAUAUGAUUUUUAUUUGUGCCUGCUGUGCCUUGCCAGCCAUGUUUUCCAGGUUGCUGAAGUACCUGGUCUCUCUUGAUGCCAUCAUCGCCUGAGGGAGGAUAGCUGUUCUAUACAGAACCUUGAUUUUUUUUUUUUGUUGUUCUGACCUACUGCUUUGCCCUAAGCUAAGUGGAACUACUGCAACCCGUGUAACACUGGAAAAAAUUCUGGUGAAGUCUUUGUGGUUAAAACCAGAAAUGAGAUAUUUGAUAGUAUGUUUCUCCCCAAGAACUGCCAGUAUGGAAGGGGAUGUAGGUGUUGGGAUUUGUUUUCCACAGGAUUCUACCUGGUGUGGUUUGCAGAGCCUGGAAAAGACAGUGCUGAAGGAUACAAAGGACUUGUAGCUGGAAUGAGUCAUACCAAAGAAAAUAAUGGUUGAGAAGGGGAAAAGAAGGGCCAGUUCUCCUAGAGAGGGGAAGAAAGACAUGUUUAAGCUGAGCUCAAGGUGUGCCUCCAAAGUGCCAGAAGGGUCAAUAUCUCCAACUGACUUGUGCUGGCCUGACUCUGUUUCCUCUAAAUUGCUUGUCUGCAAGCUGCUGCCUACAUGCGGGUUUGGACAAGCUCUGCAAGUAAAUGAAUGCAGAGAGGCUGAAGCUUGUGCUUCCUUUUGGAGCAAGUUCAAGUGUUCUUCUUUCAGUCAAUUAGGAGGGGUGCAGCCUGCCUGUCCAGGUCCUCUACUGCAUCUGCUAAUUGCUGCUGCUGGGAGGCACAUCCCUAUCAGACAGGUGGGCUCCUUGUGGGCUGCAAGGCAAUGGCAGCCAAGCCACAGCUGUGCUCGCUGGCAGGAUGGGCACAGAGUGGAGCUGGGGGCAUGAGGUACUCUUGGAUGCCUGCUGAGUGAGGUAGUUAAGGUAGAGCAAGAAAUGAGCUAAGAUCAGCCUGUUUUGAUUAAUCUGCAAGCUCUAAGGAUCUCCUGGAGCCUGGGUGUGGGGAAAAAGCAUCCAUCACACUGAUAUAGAUGAUUUAUCAGGAGAGCAAAGGCAGUGCUGGGUUCUGUCUCUUGCACGUCUGCUGCAAUGCCAUGUGUGCUCUUUUUACUGACUUACCCUUUUACUACCUUGUGAUCAUGAGUGUUGUGAAAUGCUCUCAUGGCAGAACAAAUGGGCAAAGGAGGAGGGGGAUUGAUAGUGCAUGGUAGCCUGACCUUUGCUGCUCAACCCUGAUCUACUGAACUGUCAGAAAGGCCUGAGUUCUUAUCACUGCUCUACUUUCAUGGAUGUGUUGCCUCCAGAAAGUCUAGUAAAGCCCCUCUCCCCUGCACAGGAGUGACCUCUACCCCUCCACAAACUUUGGCUUUCAACCACUGUUCUUGUCAAUGACAAAAUCAUAGAAUUGUAGAAUG